UCUCCCCCCUCCAAAACCCAGCACGAAGAAACGAAAUGAAGCUACGCAAGCAGCGACAACAGAGAAAAGGACGAAGCCGGAGGCGAUGGAGAGCGCCGCCCGCGCCUUCCCGCCCCUUAAAAGGCCAGCCACGAACCGCCAAGCCGCCGAUCGUCUCGACCCCGAACAACGCUUCGGCGACGCUGCGACCGUCGCCGAGGGCUUCCAAGCAGACGACGCGGCCGCCGGUCAGGGAGUGCCCGCAACCGGAGGAGGAUGGAGGCCAGCGACGAGGAGAGCGCGACCGGCCCCGCCCGCCCGCUGGGCACGGACUCGGAGACGGACUCCGCCGCGGCCCCGGCGGCUAUCGCGCGGGACAUCGACGACGAGACCGAGGCCGACCUCGCCCGCCUGCUGGACCCGGACCCGAAGCAGCCUGACCCCGCCGCGCUCCGGUCGGGCAUGGCGCCGUACCUCGGGGACAUCGACCGGUACAUGCGGUCCCUGGAGCUGGAGGAAUCGAGGAGGCCGAGGGAUGACUAUAUGUGGACAACACAGCAAGAUAUCAAUCCCAAAAUGAGGGCGGUCCUAGUGGACUGGCUGGUGGAGGUGGCUUGUACAUUCAGGCUUCCUGCUGACACGCUUCACCUUGCAGUUUCAUAUGUUGACCGCUUCCUCACAACAAGUGUCAUUAAACGGCACGAGCUGCAAUUACUUGGUGUCACCGCAUUGCUUGUUGCUGCGAAAUAUGAAGAUGACAUAUUUGUGCAUGAGGUCCAAAGAUACAGUGCCAUUACUGCCAACACGUACACGAGGCAGCAGGUGGUGAAGAUGGAGACUGACAUACUGAAAUCUCUUAACUUUGAGAUGGGGAGUCCCACUGCAAGAACUUUUCUACGGAGAUACAUAACUGUUUGCCGCGGAAGCGAUCGUGCAAAAGCAAAGAAGCUGGAAUUUCUGUGUAGCUACCUUGCAGAAUUGAGCUUGCUCGACUAUGACUGCAUACAGUUCAAUCCAUCAGUUGUUGCUGCUGCCUGCCUUUUUUUGGCCAGGUUCACAAUCACCCCAACAGCCCGUCCUUGGAACCUGACGCUGCAAAGGAACACGAAGUACAAGGUCUCUGAUCUCAAGUCUUGCAUCUUGAUGAUACACGAAUUGCAGCUGAAUGGAACGUAUCCAGGCCUGAAAGUAUAUGUCAUCAAAUUCAAGUAUAAUGAUCGCGAGCUUGAGGGUGUCUCGGCAAUGGCUUCACCUGAAAAUAUCCCUCCGCGUUUCCUCAAGGACAUCAAACGGUGAAAGGCCAAAGUACUCUUGCAACAUCUUUUGCAGCCGUUGCAGAAACUACAAAUUCUUUUGUUAGUAGAUAGAAAUACAGGCUUUGUUUCAGACAUUGGGGAUUUGGGGCAUCAUCUUUCGGCUUCCUGCUUAUACAUGCCUGCCGGGCUGUCGCAGAAUCAGUUUCCAUGUUGAUGUUCCAGUUACAUUGAUGGCCGCGUGGCUAGCUGCAUUGAUAUGUUGACAUGAUAUGCGACUGGAGCAUUUUUGUACAGAUGAUAGAAUACGAUGGUGCCAUGCUCAGUGAAUAUUUCAUAUGAAUUUUCCGGGCAAAUCCUAAUGUGUUACAGUAUUUCAUUACCAUUUUGUGUUGAAUAUAUUCCCUCUGACCAGAGCA